CCUGCCGCAAAUAGAUCUGUCUGAAGCUGAAGCCUUCGAUGAUCUGCAGCCCGCUGUCCUGCCGUCGAUGUCGCGAUCGACGGAGGCUGGGAAGUAGCCGGGGGGGGGGGCGGAUCACACUCGGCCUGGUUCUCGAAUCAUUCCAGAUCACCAACCGCGGCGCAGAUGCGGGCACGGCCACGAGGGCAAUGCUUCUGAUCUAGCGAGUCAGCUUGAUGCUGUGGUAUGUCGCUGAGCUUUCACCUCUUGCUCUGCAGGGUCUCUUCGAUGGCCUGAAGAAGAAGAAGAAGAAGAAGAAGGCGCCUGCCUUUGACGACAUUGCUGUGGAGGAGGCUCCUGCUGAACCCGAGCCUGAGCCCGAGCCUGAGGUCCAGCCUGAAGCUGCUGAGCCGGUUGCCGAUGAGGACGGCGCUGCUCUGUUUGCGGACCUGAAGAAGAAGAAGAAGAAGAAGAAGGUUGUGCUCGAGGGCGACGAAGAGGCUGCUCCUGUCGAAGAGGCCCCUGCUGAGGAGGCCCUGGACUUUGGCGAGAAGAAGAAGAAGAAGAGCAAGCGACCGAACUUGGCCGAGUUUGAGGCCUCACUCAAGGCGGACGAGGAGGAGGGUGCCGUUGAUGUCGAUGGAAACGAUGAGUCCACCGGCGGCGCGGGUCAAGGCCAAGAUGCUUGGCUCGGCUCGAAUCGCGACUACACCUACCAGGAGCUCCUCACCCGCGUCUUUGCCAUCCUGAGGCAAAACAACCCCGAACUGGCGGGCGAGAAGCGCAAGUACACCAUCGCUCCUCCCCAGGUGUUCCGCGAAGGCUCAAAGAAGUCCGUCUUUGCCAACAUCACCGACAUCUGCAGAAGAAUGCACCGUCAGCCCGAUCACGUUAUCCAGUACUUCCUUUCUGAACUCGGUACCACUGGCUCCGUCGACGGCAGCCAGCGGCUCGUGAUCAAGGGUCGCUUCCAGCAGAAGCAGAUCGAGAAUGUGCUGAAGCGCUAUAUCAUGGAAUAUGUUACCUGCAAGACCUGCAAAUCCCAAGAUACCAUUCUGAUCAAGGAAAACCGCUUGUUCUUUGUCCAGUGUGAAUCUUGUGGAUGCAGACGAUCUGUUGCCGCCAUCAAGGCUGGUUUCAAGGCCCAGACUGAGAAGAGAGCUGCCCAGCGAGCUGCUGCCGGUGUUUGAAGGAUUAUGGGAGGCAAACCGUCGAGGGCGCUUCUUUAGCGAUGAGGCUGUUCAGAUUGCUGUGCUUGUUGCUGUGCUUGUUGCGACAUGUUGCUUUUCGCUGAUUUUGUUACAGCGCUUUUUGAAAC